UGUCCAAUUGUCGAUCUUUACCUGCUUUCAGUCCCACUGCACUGGCUGGCGUGACUCCUCACAACAAGACAAACAUGGCUGAAGCAAAUGCAGCAGGCUCCUCUACCACUGCUAGAACCACUCAUGACAUUGGCAAAGCUCUGCGAGAAGUCCAAGCUACAGUAACCAUGGCAUCCAAGUUUGCAAGUCACCCUGUACGUUUGGUUGCUGUCAGUAAAAAAAAACCUCCGCAGGACAUUCUCGAAGCAUAUAAGCAAGGACAGUGUCACUUUGGGGAAAAUUACGUUCAAGAAUUAGUAGAUAAAGCAUCGAGCUCCCUCCUUGUUGACUUACCAAAUAUUCGUUGGCAUUUUAUCGGACAUUUGCAGAGAAACAAGUGCAACAAUGUCCUCUCUAUUCCUCACAUCUGGUGUGUGGAAACUGUUGACUCAGAUCGCUUAGCAACAGCCUUAGACGCCAGUUGGGGAAAGAAACAAACUGAUCCUUCACAAAAAUUACAUGUGUUCGUACAAGUGAACACAAGCGGUGAAGCAUCCAAAAGUGGGUGUGAUCCUGAUACUACUGCUGAGAUUGUUCACCAUGUACUGGAAAACUGUUUUAAUCUUGAAUUCAAGGGUUUGAUGACAAUUGGCAGAUUUGGACAUGACUACACAAUAGGUUCUAACCCAGACUUUGAAGCUUUAGUGGCUACUAGAAGGCAAAUAUGUCAGAGUUUGAGUAUGAGCGAAGAAGACUGUGAACUGAGUAUGGGAAUGUCAGCUGACUAUGAAGAAGCAAUAAAGGCAGGCAGCACUAAUGUGAGAGUGGGCAGCACCAUAUUUGGAGCAAGAGAGCUAAAAAAGACUAUGUGACUCUAUACCUAACCUCUAUAAAAGUAGUUUCAUCGAUCAUACUGCUAUAAUUAUUAUGGUGUUUAUCAUAAUUGUUAUGAUUUUAUAUUAUUGUCA